AUGCAAAGCCACAAGGAAACCUACAUCCGCUACCCCAUAAGGUUCUUGCAAGACAGUGGAAAGACGACACGCACCACGACGUACGAGUGGAAAUACAUCCCCUUCCUCUCCCUCUCCCUCCCAUUCUUCAUCACCCUCCAACUCGCAUCCUCGCCAUCCCACGCACGCUCCCCGACCUCGCCUACUGCCGCUGCGCGCAUUCCCGUGCGGAAAGGACCCGCGUCACCGGCGGCGCGCGACCUCGACCGGAGCUACGAUUGA